CCGGCCGCCUGCCUGCCAGUCUCGGUCGGGAAGCAGCGAGUGCACACGACCGCAUCUGCGUGGAGCUCCGCGACGUCCAGCGUGAACCGACAACCUUCACUCCAGUAGAACAUUCGUUCCUAUUUCUUUCCCUCCUCCUACCGCGAGGAACUUCAGGCGCUCAGUCCAAGGGGAGGGGGACGCCGAAGUGUUUGGAAACUUAACCCCUUAGCCUGGCCGGCCAUCGAUCCAUAGACUUGGAUGGAGCUGCAGCAGAUCGCUUGACGCUCAACUCGCAAGAGAAGACUCGUUCCGUCAAAUUAAUGCUCGGCCACCGCCUCGAUCUCUAGUUUUCUCGUUGGCUUUGGAGGUAGCAGUCCAAUUCAGACCAGGGGACCCUCACUCUGCUUGCGUGUGUGGUUAUUUCUGCCCCCCUCCUUCUCAAGUGGGAUUUGCGCAAGUUGCAUGCCCGCUCUUUGUGCGCGGUUCUAACAGAGAAGACCCCUCGGGAGAACUGAGGUGCCAUGGCGCAGCUGUGUGCGGGAAUUUGCGUGCUCCUCCUGGCGCUGCACGUCCAAGGAAAUGAUGCAUCCCAAAGUACGGGCCCCGGUAGAGGUGCUCGCAGCCAGAUGGUUCAGAUGGACUCAAGCAAGUCCGGCUUUGUCGGCUCCCAGGUGGAGCUGCGCUGCAUUUUCAUCAACAGCAACCCGCCGGUGAAGAUCUCGCAGGUGACCUGGCAGAAGCUUCUCAACGGCACCAAGCAAAAUGUGGCCAUUGCCAACCCAGCACUGGGCGUCUCAGUGCUGCCGCCUUUCAAGGAGCGUGUCAGCUUCAAGCAGGCUGCCGUGCGCCACCGCACUCCAUCGCUGGAAGACACCACUAUCGUCUUCUCCAAUCUGCAGCUGUACGAUGAAGCGGCGUACAUCUGCGAGUACACAACCUUCCCGGCAGGCAACCGCGAGAACAUGGUCAACCUCACCGUUUUCGCUCGCCCAAUGACUCGCAUGACCCUGACCACACCCACCAUAGUGGCCCGAUCCCAGCGCCGCAAGAUGACGGUGGCCACGUGUGUGUCGGCCAACGGCAAGCCGCCCAGUAUCAUUAGGUGGGACACCAGGCUGAAGGGAGAAGCCACCUUCCAGGAGACGCGCAACCAGAAUGGCACGGUGACCGUGCGCAGCAACUAUGUCAUCGUGCCCGGCCGAGAGACACACAAGCAGAAGCUGACCUGCAUCGUCACUUACCGCAAUGAGAGGUUCACCGACAGUGUGGUGCUCAAUGUACAGUAUGAACCCGAGGUGAAGAUCGAAGGCUUCGACGCUAACUGGUACCUGAACCGCCAAAACGUGCAGUUGACCUGCCGGGCUGAUGCCAACCCACCUGUCACCAUCUACCAGUGGAAACUCUUGAACGGCUCACUCCCGAGCAACGUCGAGAUCAAGAACAACAGCCUGUUCUUCAAGGGCCCCGUCACCUACGACCUAGCUGGCACAUACGUGUGCGACGCCACCAACGGCAUCGGCACGCGCACCGGCAUUGUUGACGUCAACAUAACUGAAUUCCCUAACAACCCACCCGGGGGCCAUGAGAUCCCGCCGGAGCAGCACACUGCAGGUGUGGCCAUCGGGGUGGCGGUAGGGGGCGUGGCCCUUUUGGGGGCCGCCGCCAUACUGCUCUUCGUGUUCCUGCGCCGCCGCCAGCGCACCUUCAAGGGCGACUACAGCACCAAGAAGCACGUGUUUGGCAACGGCUACAGCAAGGCGGGCGGCGGCGGGGGACCUUCGGCGCACCCCCCCAUGCCCAAGAACCUGCAAUACCCGGACGACUCAGAUGAUGAAAAGAAACCAACACAGACCGGAGGCGAGCGCGACUUUGACGGCGAGGCCGAGGACCUGAAGAGGCCUUACUUCACGGUGGACGAAGGCGAGAGCCGCGACUACGAUGAGCGGACUCUCGCCUUCCAGUACGACCCCGAGCCCGAGAUAGCCGACGACAUGAUCUCCCAAACCGACGGCUCGGUCAUCUCUAAGAAGGAGUGGUACGUGUAGCUGGCGCUGCCCGUCCAGGAAGUCAAACAGCCCUGUGGUGACGCACCUACAACCCCUUCACCUCCAUCCCCAACCCACACUGGUUUAACUGGACCCCCCUCAGAAAACCCAUUCCCUUUCUCACAAACCCCCAUCCCCUUGCUGGACCCCCGAGAUCAAAUCUAUUUAACACCGUUUUUAUCAGGAGCCUCAUUGGGAUGCAAACUUUGACCUCUAAGUGGCAGUUGAUGGGUUCGUUAGUGUCUUGGAUCUCUUGGAUCAUGUUGUAGAUGUCUUAACGUGUAGACCAAUUACCAUUGGAAGGUUUUUUCAUCUGGCAAAUGUGAGGAUCCUGCGGUGGCGCACUCCCAACCAAACACCUGCGGCCCACCACCUUCACUUCUCCUGGACACAAAUAUUGAAUCAAUUUGACUGAGUUCUCCUCGGUUCUUUGAUUUCACUUUUAAUCGAAAAGGUUUCUUUGAUUCAAUAGGUUUAGGUGUGGAGUUCUGUUCACACAAUUCCCAAAAAGUUGAGAUUAUUGUUUGAAACAUUCAAAUGAAAGCCUAACUGUUGGAGUGUCCAUUAUAGCCCCUUUCACCUGAACACCGUUAAAAUCUCGGGAUUUAAACGGGUAGCCCUUGUGUGUGAAAGCAAUUCCCUCGUCGCCUGCACGGAGAUUACGCGGACAUUCAACGGGUCGCAUCUUAGUAUUAUGUACGAGGCUUUACCGGGACAAGGCAUGCGUGAAAGCACGUUUUUGAUUCCCGGGUCACACCACGAUGGCUGAUGACGUAAACAUGGCGGGCCGAUCAUCAUUUCCUAUUUCUUCCCAGUAAGACGAAAAGCAGUAAACAAACAUGACAAUUAUCAACAUGGCAAACUAGAAAUGGCAAGAUUAAACUGAAAACAUAAUGAAAUUAAAUAACUGGAUCGUAGAGCCGAGGAAGCGAGCCCAUCGUCCAUCUUUGCAAAUAUUUGGUUUAUUUUGUUGCCGAUUUUAGGGUCCGCAACUGCGGAAACUAGGUUGUAUCCAAAGCAUAAAACAACAGAAGGAAGCGUUCAAGGGUUUAUUAAAUACAAACAAAAAUACAUGCGAUCGCAGAGAAGGGGGAAUAACACAACGGGUCUGUGACAAUAAACCGACAGGGAUGAAUAAUACUAAGUGUUAGGUAGAGAGCCGAUAAGACAACAACAACAAAAAAAUACUCAAAACAAGGGCGGCAGAAGAACAAGCUAGCAAAUGCACAAAAUUCAAGAGUACAAGGGUGUCGAAUGGCACCCAGCAAGUUGAUAUCUCGGCACCCUUCUCUUGGAUCGCCUGGGCUUAAAUACAGUCUCGAUGAGCUUGAAUUGGCUGCAGGUAUGAUGUGGGGAAUGCCACCACAACCGGCUUUGUAACAAAACAUUGACCUGACCAACAGAAUGUGACAGCCGAUGCUGACUAUAAAUGACGUAAUGUACAGAUUAAAGAAUUGCGCCAGCAGCCCUCCCCGCACAGAGAGCGCCGCGUCGGUAACACAGGACAAGUCUGUGAAACCGUCCAACCCGCGUCAUUCCGGGGAUAUCUUUCCAUAUGUGAAAGCAAUGACGCGAGUAAAUCCCUCAUCACCUUACACGGGAUGUUACCGGGAUAUGUAUAUGAAAAGGGGCUUAUUUGACACACCUCGCCAUUCUCUGAAUGGCAAAAUUAAUGAUAAUUUCCAAGGAUUUCUACUACUAUAUAACCUGGCAUGCCAGACUGAUAGGUCCAAAUAUCGCAAUGAAUAUAUUCCACGUAUCAAUCCAGGAGAGAUCUAAUCGAGACCUGUUCCUUGGGAUGAACCUUCAAAAAAAUACACGACUACUGAUUGAACGAUGGCUAUUCUCGUCACACUCGUGAAAACAUCCUUUCUCUUCUUACUGAAAGCACUUUGCAUUCUGCCGUAGUAUUCAAACAGAUUGUCGCUUCCUGGUCACGCCAUCAGAAGGCAACCAAUCCACAUGAAGUAUGACCUUGGUUUGCAGAAGAGCAAAUACAUUGUUUCCCGUUAAGAAAAGUUUUUCGUCAAAUUCUUUCAUUUUCAAUUAAUAAGGAAAUUGUUUAUUUCUGACAAAACAACAAAAAAAUAACCAUAUACAAAAAACGUUUUGCACACCGACAUUUUAGUUAACCAGAUAGUUGCUUCUUGAUCACAUCUGCAGCUCCCGCCUCUUUCUCUUGAUUGGCUCGAACAACAGAUAACCAGGGAAAUGGUUGGACAGUUGAGGUUUUGAAGACAGCAGUGCAUGAUGAAUCAACGAAUCAGGAAGUACCGUGUUUCAUGCAAGGUUAACCAUUCUGGCUUAUUCUGGAAUUUGAUGAAUAAUGAAAGUUUAAGAACCAUACUUUUAAAAUCAGGAAAUCUAUUUGUAGAGACUGGAAGCGUCAUGAGGUGGAGGUCAUUGGAAAUUGUCAUGGUUCAUAUACUUAUUGUGACUUGGUGUUCAGCCCCUUGUUAGAGGUCAGCAAGUCAUUCAAACAUACCUUAAACAUCGGACGGUCAGCAAUUCUCUAAACUUUUAGAGAAGGUCAAAUUAAGAUGACCUGAAGCCCAACCAGGGUUUAAAACCAUGCCAUCACUCUGGAACCCAGGCAUUCAGAUUCCUGAGCUUCUCCAUGCACAGCACUUGUUUCACCUGUUCUUUCUUCUAGCUCAAUAGUCGGCGCGCUCAACUGGCAAGAUGACGUUGUGUGUUUGAAUCCCAGUUGGAUAGGGCAGCGGUCUCCAGCCCAGUCCUCAAAGCCCCACUGUGGGUGCAGGAUUUCAUUCCAACCUGACAAAUGACACCACUUUUUCACCAUUCUGGUGUUUUACAAGUGCAUCCAGUUUUUUGCAGUCAGGUGCUGCUUGUUUUAGCAGAAACCUCAUUGGUUCAACUAGCUGUGCUGGAUCGGCAGGAACAAAAUCCACGAACCACAGCGGGCCUUUGAGGACCGGGUCUGAGACCACUGGGAUAGAGGGGAUGUCCCUCAAGGUUCUGAUUCAUUUUAGGUUCAUAAUGAACUUUCAUUUGAAACCCAUUUCCCUCCAGUUUGUAUAAGUGGUGUAUGUAUCUGGUGGGCAGUUACAACAGAUUGUGUCACCGCACCUGACAUACUUCAAACUGAAGUAGCCUCUUGGAUUAAAAGUGAAACAAAUUCAACAACCAAGAAGAAGGACUGAAUAGCCACACGGACAUGUUAAAUCAUCAUGUUGUAAAUGUCUCAACGUGUAGACCACUCACUGGUGGAUGUUUUUUUUUUUUUUGUCUGGCAAAAAGUCCGACACUGGAUACAUCGUGGCUUUUCUUUCGGUAUGUUCAUCACGAACCCUCACUGGUCAAACUGACCCCAUCCCUUCCUCACCAAUCCCACGCCCCUUGCUGGAAACCCAUCACCGUUAUAUUUAACACCGUUUUUGUCCGGAGUACCCACAGGGAUGUUGACCCUUUUGGGGUGGCGAGAGCUGAUUGGUUCAUUGGUGUCUUUGAUCUCUAUGAUUGUCAUGUUGUAAAUGUAUUAUCGCAAAGACCAGUGGUCCCCAACAUUUUCUGCACCACGGACGGUGUAAUGUGGGUCUAUUUUUUCACAGACCGGCAAUGUGUGGCAGAAAAUGACAGUAAACACGAAAUAACACGACGGGGCUAAAAACGGACAUUGAAUGCAGGGAAAACAUUAGCCUGUCCUAAAACUAAACAGCAAAUAUCUUUGGUCGCAGGCAUAAUAAGUUCUUCUCCAAUCGGAAAGGUUCCUUGGCUUUACAAAUACGGUUCACCACGAGGUGAAAUACUCUCAGUGCAUUCGCUUUUGUUGCUUGCUAGAUUUUAGCAACAUAUUAUGCAGAAUGGACUAUGUUGUAGGCUCCUCUUCUGGCUCAGCAGGUGGCCUUUUCCCCGUAAAAAUGCUGUCCAAAGACGUCGAUGCCCACAGCACACAGCCAACAGCAGCUAACUUUACUGUUUACAUUGACUGACAUUUGGCUGCUAUAGGUGCGCAAAUAAACCUGUAAUGGCGGCCAACGACCAGAUGGCGACGUACACAUAUCUCUACUCGGAUUAGUCAGUAGAGUAGACAGGCAUAUUGAUGUGUCAAGAGGCACAGGGCAGAUUGCGGUUGUUAACAAAUGAUUUAUUAUUUCUCUGCCGCCCGGUAACAAAUGUGCCACGGACCCGGCCCGGUACCCGGUGGUUGGGGAUCACUGGUGUAGACCACUUACUCGCUGGUGGAGGAGUUUUUCGGGCACAUGUGUUGGGGGAAAAAAAAAAGAAAAAAAAGAGUCUGACACUGGAUUCAUUGUUUUUUUCUGAAUUCUUUAAAAAAUAUAUGUCUUACACGCGAUCAAAACAAAAGUAGCUUUUUUUUUUUUGGUUAAUUGCGGGGGCAUUAAUUUAACCCCGAAAUGCCUACAAUGUGGCAGGAGGAAGCCCCUUAACAUUCCACCCCCACUAUCCAACACGUCAUGACAUUUACAAAAGAGCGCUCAGAAGGGUGCGAAAUGUCACCGACAACACUCGAGCGCUCGCAACUAUUGAGGUCGCGCGUUAAAGCAUCUGUUUAACGUACACGGACGGUAGCGGAACCUCCGACUAAUCAAAGGGAACACUACGGCGGCCGUCUUGGAGAGAGAUAGGUCGCCUGCUGCUUUCAUGUUUGUUGUUGUUGUUUUUUUUUUUUUCUUUUUUUUUUCUCUUACAGUAAUGAACGCUUGUCCGUCUUUUUUUGUUUAUAGAUUUUUAAAAAAUCACUGUUACCAAGUGCUGGGAAAAAUAUAGAAAGUUUAUUACGCCUUAUGUUACAAUGGAGGAAAUAAUGAUUUGAUGUCUUGCUGGAAUUUAAAUUUGCCACUAAUGCAUUUCCCCAGACUACACAAUUUUUAUUGGCGGUGCCUGGCGAUCGCAGUGUCAGAUUACACGACAUUGUGUCACGAUGCCACAGUGUGUCUUGGAACGGACGAAUUGUCACACUACAUGGCCAGAGCCUGCCUGAUCAGUGCAUACUGCCGAAAAGAGCGCGGUGUAAGAGCUGACGUUGUCGGGAGUCGCGACUAGCAGCUGUCAAUCAGUAAUAGCAAGGGAGGCACUUGAUAUCAUAAUAGUGACAGUCAUCCACUUUGGUCGAAUCAACACAUUCGCUAUAAACAAGAUGAGAAAUGGGAUUUACUGUUGGGUUUUUUUCUCUGCGUGAGGUCGAGGAACAAGUGUAGGUGUCACACGUUACUGGCGUCUGCAUACUCAGGGAGAUUUAAAAAAUAAUUAAAUAAAUAUGAGAGCAAAAGAGUGCACGCAAGAGAAGUACAUGCCGGUUACAAAGUUACACAGUUGGUCAAUACUCAUCAACAAAUAGUAGGAACAUGUGAAACAGGGGUGCCCAAGUCCGGUCCUCGAGAGCCCCUAUCUAGCUUGUUUUC